AUGGGUGCAGGACAUUCAAGCCACGGCGGGCGGCCAGACUGGGCAGCAAGUACACAAGAGCAAGCUGAAGCUGAGGCGAUCGCCAGAGCUGAAGCUGCUUAUCAAAGGGCUGCAUGCGAGGGUACACACCAGGAAGAAUGCCAGGCAAGGGCUGCCAUAGCAGCCCACCAGGCAACCAUGCGCUUGGCAGAAGAACUGCGACAACAAUAUGAGGCUGAACAAGCAGAGGCAGCUAGGAGAGCGCAAGCUGCUCACGAAGAAGCCGAACGGCAAUGUCGAGAGAAAGAGCAAGCUGAGCAGGCAGAGCAUGCUGCUCGCGAGGCGGCCGGGGCACGGGCUGGGGAAGAUGCUGGAUGA